AUGUCCGUUGAGGAAGACAUCACCUACGAAGUGAGAGAGCGCACCACCAUCAUCACGUUGCGCCUCCCCAAGAAGCUCAACGCGUUGACGAGUGCCCACUACCUCCGCCUCGGGAAAUUGGUCCAGGAAGCCGAUGAAGAAGAGGACACUGUGGCCACGAUUAUCCAGCUGACGGGUAAAUACUUUUCGGCGGGCGCCAACUUUGCCGAUAAGGAAAUCAUGCUUGCCAAGCCCGAGGAGCUUUUCAGCCACGAGUUCUGGUUCCAGCGGUUUGUGGGGCGUAACGUGUGGAUCACCGACCUUUUCCACAACCACACCAAGAUCUUGGUCGCCGCCUUGAACGGGCCGGUGAUUGGGUUGUCGGCUGCCUUGGUGGCGUUGUGUGACUUGGUCUACGUCAAGGACUUGUCGCUGACCUACUUGUUGGCGCCCUUCUCCAACUUGGGCUUGGUGUGUGAAGGGGCGCUGUCGCUGACGUUGUUCUUGAGAUUGGGGUGGCUGGUGUCGUCGGAGGCGUUGUUGUUGGCCAAGCCUAUCUACGGGAAGACGUUGGACAAGGUGGGGUUGGUCAACGAGCUGUUUGACGGCCAAUUCGCCACCACCGAAGAGUUUAACGCUCACAUUGAAAAGAAGUUGUAUGAAGCGUACAAGGACUUGCACGAACCCUCGAUCUUCUUCAACAAGCAAUUGCUCAAGGCUAACCGUGACGAGUUGAUCAACUCGGCCAACUCGAGAGAAGUGAUCAAGGGGUUAAACAAGUGGAUCGAAGGUGUCCCGCAACUGAGAUUCGCCCAAUUGGCGCAAAAGGACGUCCAACACAAGUUGUAA